CUUCCUCCAUCCAUCAUUAUUUUGUUAUUGUUUAAUGUUUAGUAUUCAUUAUCAAUAUUAUCAAUUAUAGUGACAAAACUGAUCCUCAAGUGUGUCAAUGCCGAGUGACUCAAGUUCCAAUUCGGUUUAAGCUUUUCAGGAGGAUCUGAGGAAAAUCUGUGUCAGUUUACACGGUUAAUUAUAAUACUUUCACCCCUGGUUUGUGCGUCCUUGCCUAGUUAUCAACCUUCAUUUCACUAGCAUAGAGACAAGCGGCUAUCAAUCGAAAGACUUGGAUUCCUCUAUUAUCAACUACUUGUGUAAAACUUGAGGUCGUCCUAGAUGGAUUUCAGCAACACUGAUCAGUGAUUACACGGCUACAUGUAUUAGGAACUUUUUGGGUCCCGUCAGACCUUGUCACUCCACCAUUACGGACAGCUCCUUCCCAAUUUCAUCGUGAGGUAUCUCAACUUUGGAGAAGCCCAUUUGAGGAAGUAGCAGAAGGAGCUUUUUUUCACUCAAAAUGACCAGGUCAAAGGAAUUGACUCCUCCAGAUCCUGGCAGGCCUCUGAACACUGUGAAUUUUGAAUCUCCAUCGCACAUGGGUACAUUACUCAGUGGACUGUAUGCUCUCAGAACACAGGGACUACUUCUUGAUGUUACUCUUUUAGCUGGAGGAGACUCUUUCAAGGCUCAUCGCGUUGUACUGGCAUCAUGCAGUGAUUAUUUCCGUGCCAUGUUCACGGACGCAAUGAAGGAAGCACGCCAAAAAGAAAUUCGUUUGAAUGGUGUGAGUGCUGCUGGGAUGCGCCUAUUGUUGGAUUAUGCUUACACAUCACGCUUGUCUUUGAAUCUUGCUAAUAUUCAAGAUGUUCUAUCAGCUGCUAGUCAUAUUCAAGUUGUCGCAGUCGUGGAAGCUUGUUCUAACUAUUUGCAGUCACAGUUGGAUUGUGAAAAUUGUGUCGACAUAGCAACAAUCUCAGAAACAUACUCAUUGAGUAAACUGAGGGUCAGGGUGUAUCGAUUCAUGAGUGCUCAUCUACGAGAAUUCUCUAUGCUUCCUGAGUUUCUCCGAUUAUCUGUAGAACAGCUAGAGCAUCUUCUUAGCUGCGACUUCCCAGUUGAUUGUUCCGAAUCUGAAGUCCUUCACAUUGUUCUAAAAUGGCUGUACACGAAUGAUGAUCAUAGUUCGAAAUCAGAGUAUGCUCAAAGGCUAAUCAGCCGAAUCCACUUUAAAGAGAUUCCUUGGGACAUCGAUGCCUUUUCGCAGCAACCAUAUUAUGGAUGUGUCAUCAUAAAUGAGGCUUUGCGACAACGAUUUGUGAUGCAACUCCCGCAAAUGAACAUGACUUCGUCGCUAGUCAACUCCAGAGGCAUGGAAUUGGCCCUUGUGAAAGUUGGUGGCUUUGGUAUUGCUGGUGUCACUAACGAAAUAACCUACUACCUUUCCAGUGUUGGAAAGUGGAGGCACUUGACAACUAUUCCACACUUGGAGCAGUGUAAUUUUGGAACGUGCGUCCAAAACAAUGAUUUGUAUGUGGUUGGCGGUUGUUUUAAUCAGUCCCUCCAGGAAAAUAUUCAUCCCUUUGGGUUUAAGUACAGCCCUAGAUAUAACAAAUGGAAUACUAUUGCUCCAAUGCAGAGAGAGCGAUGUCGAUUUUCACUAAAUGUAGUCGCAGAUCACUUAUAUGCUAUUGGUGGAGCCAGUGAAAUAGAUGUAAUGGAUGGAGUUGAUAGCGAGGUUAGCGAGUGUGAAAAGUACGAUCCGGAAACUGAUACUUGGGAAAGUAUUCCUGCAAUGCCUGGAUACCGCACUCAACAUGCCGGGACAACCUGGCCCUCAGGUGGAGAUUAUCUUUUCAUUUCAGGCGGUCUUGAUGGAGAUGUUGUACUAGAUUCUGUACAAAGAUUGGAUACUCGGAACAGUGUUUGGGAAAGCAAAGCAUCUCUUUUAACCCCUCGUGCGGACCAUGUAAUGCUAACUGUGAAUGAUACUCUGUAUGUCUGCGGAGGCUGGUAUGAAGAUCCAGAUAAUGGAAACCGUGUUUUAGCAGAUACCAUCGAUGUCUAUGAUGCUGAGGCAGAUACAUGGAGGACUAUUGCACGCUUGCCAACUCCACGUUAUCAUUCUGGCAUUGUGACUGUAAAUAAUGUUAUUUAUUUCAUAGGAGGACUCCUUAGUGAUGCCAUGUUUGAUCGAGCUACAGCUGUGAUAGAAUGCUACAACAUUGAUACAGGCGCUUGGACGACCAGUGAAAAGUAUCCGCAAGAUCUCUGGGAGCACACCUGCAUCACUUUGUACAUACCUAGGUGUCGUGAUGACAUGGAAGUCCUUGCCUCAAAUCCAAAUUGUUGAGGCCUCAACUGUACUUCAAGUUCCUCACUCUUGCCAGCCAACCAGCUUUUAUCUCUGGUUCUCCGCGGUGUUUUAGAAAUUCGUAGAAUUUUUCAUGGAUUUUUAGCAUCAAGACUGAACUUUCUUUUCUGUUAUUCAAGAGAGGAAUCUGUAGCAAAGCAAUUCUGCGUUUUUGCUAGUAAGGUAAAGGGUUGUAGUAAGUAAUGAUCUGAGUGGUAUUGCUCCAGCCGGUUUUCUGCAUAGUUGAAAGAGUAAGAGAAAGAACGUCAUUCCCAAAUUCCAUUGGAACAGGGAAAAUGCUCGGGUAUUUACUGACCCUCCUCCCCUCCCCUCCAAAAAGAAACAAACACCAACAGGUAUUCCCCCCAUUUUUUCAUGCUUGAAUUUUGGUACCUGUUGGAUGCUGGUGUUGGAAUUAAGGUUUCAAAUAUCAGAAUUUUUAAUUAAACAAAACUGUAAGGCCACUAUUGACCUUAAUGAUAGAAAUUAUCCUGGCUGGAUCAAACACUGAAAAAGUCUGGAAAUUUUUGGCAUGGUGACAGUUGAAAACCUAAGGAAAUCAAGUACCAAGAAUUAAAGCAUCAGGUUCCUUUCUUACUCAGAAAGUUUAUUUUAGCUCACCUAGGUUCAUCUUUUUCUUGCCUCGGAGUAUUUUCCCAUUUUCAUGGAUUUUAGUCUAAAUCUUACUCCAUUAGUUUGCUAUUGAUGAAUAGAAUUCAUGGCAAAAAACUGUCGCAGCAUUUUUUUGCCUCUAAUAUUGCUCAUUUAUAAUUCAUUGUUGAAAAUUUAGCACUCUCUGUUUUUUAUCGAUGUUCUCUUGGCAUGACGUUAUUAUUUUCUAUAAAUUUGAUGUGUACAUUUUUUAACUGUUGUUUAUCUGUGAUAAUCUUAAAUUUUCUUUUGUGAUUGCAAGAGAAGAAUAAUGUUAUAUUAUAUCUAUUAUUUUUAUCUAAUCUAUAUCUAUUAUCUUUUUUCAAAAUGCUUUAUUCACUCAAUUCAAGGAUUUUUUUCCUGUUCUCAUUCUUGUUCUUGAACUUCAAAAUCGUCAAUGUGUGCAUGUGGUGAACUUUGUCAGUGCAGUGAAAAGGAAACGGCAGACAAGUAUGAAAUGUAAUUUUUUUGCAGAUGGUUUUGCGCAAAUAAAAGAAGACACAGUCUCUAAUCAAUGAAUUGCAUAUCCAAAAAAACCUGAAUUCACAAGCACUAUUUAAUGAACAUGAAAUGGAAUUCUUUAAAAAAAAACUUCCCAGUUGCUCCCAAGGAUCCGGCCAUUAAUCAAUUAUAUUGUGCUGUAUAAAAAAAUCUAAACUAGAUACCUAAAAUGUUUAAACAUAUGUUUACACAUGUUUUAUGUAACAUUAUUUUUAUCUCUUAAAAAUUAUUUUAUCUACUGCAUCUGGCAUGCAUGACUGCAUCCUCAAGGCUUGCUUUCAAACUUUUCUGUGUUCUACAAUUCUCCUCUGAAAAGAAAAAAAGCAUUGAAUUUUAAAAAUUUAUCCUAAUUUAUAAUACUUUUGUACUCAUUCACUUUGCUCAAACAAGAAAUACUGUGUGUCAGAAUAUUAAUCAGAACAUUUUAUUUUUGUUCAAUACUUUCAAUAUUUAAUCGUGGGCUAGUUUUUCUUUCUUUCUUUUCUUUAGAGGUGUUAGUGUCCGUAGCUGCGAAGGCACCUCUAAAAGAAUAAACAAAUACUACUUCUUUUACCACUUCCUUUUCUUUUUCUCUUUUUUCUUGAAUGUAUUUUUACUUCCCUAUAUCAUUGAGUCUCCAAAUUUGUAAACACACUUACCUACUAUUAAUUUUUAUCAGAGGUGAGAAUGGCCUAAGAUGUUAAGGCACCUCUACACAAUAAACAUAUUCUACUAUUACUUUCUUUUAUCUACAUUGAUCUGUGUUUUAAUGACAAUCAGUAUUCUCUUGUAUGUAACUUUUUCUUAACAUCAUAUUUUUAUUUAAGUCACACAAAAUGUGCUUAUUGUGAACUCUCAAUAAACGCUCUGUAUAAAAUAUGAAUUUAGGUUCCACGUGGAAAUAACUGACUUACGUUGUCCUAAAGAUGGCCUGUUCAUAAAUUAUAUAAAUUUAAAUUUUU